CGGGCGAUGGAGCGCGGGGCCGUGCGGGCCAUGGCGGCCCGGCUGGGCCUGGCCGAGCCCGCCCUGCUCAGAAAAGCUGAGGAGUAUCUGCGGCUGUCCCAGGUGAAGUGCACGGGGUUCAUGGCUCAAAUGACGGCGACAAGCAGUGCUGUGAUGUGCCUGGACCUGGCGGCGAGUUUCAUGAAACAACCAGUUGACAAAAGCUAUUGUGUUAAACUCUCUGGUUUGAACAAGACCACCUACCAGAGCUCCAUGAAGUCUUUGGAGUGUUUGCUAGAGGUGAACCAAAAGCUGGGGAUGCGAGAUUUGGCUGUGCAGUUUUGCUGCUCAGAGGCAGUGAAGAUGGCUUCAGAAAUCCUGCAGAGGUAUGAAUGCAGCCUCUCCGAAGCACAGCGAGUGGACCUGGAUUUCUCCAAACCCCUGUUUCUAACAGCUGCACUGUGCACUGCCUGCAGGUGUUUGAAGCUAAAAGUGGACAAAACUAAAAUGUUGGCUACAUCUGGAGUGAAAAAAGCCAUAUUUGACCGGCUGUGCAAUCAGCUGGAGAAGAUAAGCCAGCAACUCAGCAAAGAUGUUCCAGUGGCUGCAGAGACACCUGACAGCUUGCGGAGCGCCCUGGAGCAGUGUGAGCAGGAAGCUGACUCUGAAGAGGAUGAGGAAAUGCCAUGUAAACGGCCAAAGACUGAAACAAAUCAGGACUAUGAAGAAUGGAAAAAGAAAAUCCUGGAAAACGCUGCUAAGGCGCAAGAGACAAGGAGAAGUGAGUCUGUAAUGCCAGCCAGUAAUGUAACUGCUGCUUGCUCUUAAUUUUAACUCUCUGCUCUAAACAAGAGAUCCAGUAACAUAUGAGUGAUGGCUGCCUGGCAGACAGCUGAUUUUAUUUAGGUUUUAAGUGUUUAAGAAUGUUAUUUUUAAUAAAUGACACCACGGAGUGAUGAAUUUUACAGAAGUGUAUGUGGCUGCUCACCAGGCUGUGGCAUUAGGGGUAGAAUAGCUUCAUUCUCUUGCUGCAAGAAGCAGGUAACAUUCUAGUGCCACUUUCAGUGUAAGUUAUAAGUUCCAGGCCCUUGGACCCCUACCUGGAAGCCGUCAAUGAAAUAAGACAAAGGGGAACUAAUAGUGCCUUGUUUAAGUGCAAAGCUAACAGAGAAUUAAAACCUUAUUUUUUUUUAGGUUUUUUGGGUUUUUAAAAAUAAAUAUUGUUUAGU